AUGUUAAGACAACUGCCAUACAGAUUUCACCCAUCCACAAAGACUCACAGCCUAAUUCAAAAAGCUUUAAAUUCUACCUUUUAUUUAGUCCAAGAGCUUGGCCCUACCUCUUUUUUACUAAAAGAUGACAAUAAAAUAUCCUACCGAGUGAGUAUUGGGAGUACAGUUCAAUGCUCUUGCAGAAAAACCUCACCAGACCAUUGUAUUCAUACUCUCUAUGUUCUUCUUAAAAUUUUCAAACUCAAUCCUUAUAAUCCACUUCUAUGGCAACUCAGUUUCAUCGACUCAGAAAUCAAUUGGAUUCUAAAUAACAGACAAUGUAUUAGUUUUGACUCAAUUGAAGAAACGUGAAGUAAAGCUAAAGAAAUAUCUAAACGAGUAAAAUUAAACACUGAAUGCUGCUCAAUUUGCCAAGAAGAAAUGAAAUCCGCUGAUGAUCUUGUAUAUUGCAAGAAUGGCUGUGGGCACAAUUUUCAUAUAAAAUGUAUGAAAAUAUGGGCAGACCACAAAAUAUCGAAUGAUGAAAUAGUUACUUGCCCUAUGUGUAGAGCUGAAUGGAAGCUUGCGACUUUACAAAAGCCUGACCCACUUCCAAUCUCAGAGUUAAAGCAAAAAAUUAAGCAUAAUCCUGAUUCAUGAUGUGAAGGCUGUGGAAAAUGCCCAAUUCGAAAUGAAAAGUUUAAGUGUUUGGCUUGCCCCGAGAUUUAUUUAUGCUUGCGAUGCUUCUAUAUAGAGCAUAUAGAUCAUCCAAUGUUGAGAAAGCGGUCAUAUAAGCAUAGGUGAGAGCCUGCGUUUCGGCCUGGAGAAAAAGAAUGUGACCUUGAAACAUAUAUUAUGAAAGCUGUUCCUAGUGCUGAAGGCUGAGAGUGUAUAAUUUGUAAAGAUAGAGCAGAGUGUGAUUGAAAGAUAUUUUUGUGUGGCCACACAGCACAUGAAUGCUGUUUAAUCAUAAAUUUAAGAAAUCAUCAAUAUCUCUGUCCUGAAGAUGACUCAUUGAUUCUGUCUGGGCUAGAUAUUGAAUAUUAUAAGCCGAAGAAAAAUAGAGAAAACUGUAGUGUUAGAAAUAAUAAAAGAAAUAGAGGUGAUAGUGUCCCGACAACUAGGAAAAUUUUCAGAAAUCCUCCCACAACCUGAAAUCGAUCUAGAAGGAUAGAUGAGAGUUUUCAGCUUCCUUCUUUGAUUAUUACCAAAUUUGAAAGAGACCUUAACGCAUUGAAUUUAAGUUCAUUAUAGCUCAUGCACCUUAAUAGAUCUCGAUAACCCAGCAGAAUACCAACCAGAAAAAUUAUGGUACAUGGCGCCUGCCUUAUACAGUAUAAGUCUGGCUAGGCACCUUAAAACCAUAAAAGGAGAUUUGCCAUUUUCGUUUUUACUUUUCAAAAAAGCUGACAAGUACAAAUUAAUUUUGGAAAUUAAAAUGGAUGACCAAUAAUGAUCUAAAAUAUUUCAGGGGCUAUAAUAUAA